AUGGGGAACUCAAGUAGUUCGCAGAAGAUCUCUGCCCAGGAUCGGGCGAUCCUUGAUAUGAAAAACCAACGCGACAAGCUGCACCAAUACCAGCGACGAAUAACCGUCCUAACAGAUCGCGAAACGGAAAUCGCCAGGGAAUGUCUCGCGCGCAAUGAUCGGCGGCGAGCGCUGCUCGCUCUCCGACGCAAGAAAUACCAGGAGUCGCUGCUGGCAAAAACAGAUGAGCAGCUCGCGCAACUGGAACAGUUGACCGGGCAGGUGGAGUUUGCGCUCGUCCAGAAGGAUGUGUUGUUUGGUUUGCAGCAGGGCACGCAGGUGCUGCAGACAAUCAACAAGGAGAUGGGAGGUCUUGAAGGUGUUGAGAGGAUGAUGGAAGAGACCGAGGAGGCAAGAGCGUAUCAGGAGGAGGUGAGCCAGAUGCUGGCUGGUCAUCUGACGAAUCAAGAUGAGGACGAGGUCGAGGAUGAGCUUGAGGCGCUCCAACGCGAGCUUAAUGGCCCCGAAGUCAUCUCUGAUCCUGUCGUACUGCCGAGUCCGCCUACUGCUGAUCUCCCCGUUGAAGAGCCGGUGGCAGAGUCGACUGAAAGAGCCAAGGCCAAGGCUGAGACACGGACGGCCUUGCCUGCUUGA